AUGGCUUUCCCAUCAGCAGCAACAAGCCUUAGAAAGUCCCUGCAAGAUCCGAAGACAUUUAUCACAGCCCCAGGAGUCUACGAUGGAAUGUCCGCACGGCUAGCACUAUCCGCCGGCUUCGACGCACUGUACAUGACCGGGGCCGGAACCGCAGCCUCCGUUCACGGCCAAGCAGACCUAGCAAUCUGCACACUGAAUGACAUGCGCGCGAAUGCGGAAAUGAUCGCGAACCUCUCGCCGCGCACACCGCUAAUCGCCGACGCAGACACCGGCUACGGCGGCCCGAUAAUGGUAGCGCGAACAACAGAGCAAUACGCGCGGUCAGGCGUCGCAGCCUUCCAUAUUGAAGACCAGGUGCAGACGAAGCGGUGUGGCCAUCUCUUCGGCAAGCAGCUGGUAGAUGUGGAGACGUACACGGCGCGGAUCCGGGCGGCGGUGCAGGCGCGGCAGCGGAUUGGCAGCGAUAUUGUGAUCAUUGCGCGGACGGACGCCCUGCAAUCUUUGGGGUAUGAGGGGAGUGUGUUGCGGCUGCGAGCUGCUAGGGAGGCUGGUGCGGAUGUUGGAUUCCUGGAGGGGAUUUCAUCGCGGGAGAUGGCGCGGCGGGUGGUUGCGGAGUUUGAGGGGUGGCCUUUGCUUUUGAAUAUGGUUGAGCAUGGGGCUACGCCGGGAAUUUCUUCGCAAGAGGCGAGGGAGCUUGGGUUCCGUAUUAUUAUUUUUCCUUUUGCGACGCUGGGGCCUGCUCUUGUUGCUAUGCGGGAGGGAUUGGAGAAGUUAAAGAGAGAUGGGCUGCCUGGGUUGGAUAAGGAAUUGACACCGCAGAUGUUGUUUAGGGUUUGUGGGCUUGAUGAGAGUUUGAAGAUUGAUGCAGAGGCUGGUGGUGUGGCGUUUGAGGGUGGCGUGGACUUGGGAGAGAAAUAA